UCUUCCUCAUUAGCAAACUACACACUCACAGACUCACUUCUUUCCAAAGCUGUCUCUCUCUUACUCAACUCUUCUUUUCUCUAAAAAUGAAGCUCUCUAUACGUUUGAUCUCAGCCGUUCUUGUCUUGUUCAUGAUAUUUGUGGCCACAGGGAUGGGUCCAGUCACGGUGGAGGCACGCACGUGUGAGUCAAAGAGCCAUAGGUUCAAGGGUAAAUGCUUCAGCGAAACAAACUGCAGAAACGUGUGCCACAAUGAAGGCUUUUCAGGAGGCAAUUGUCGUGGAUUCCGUCGUCGUUGCUUCUGUACCAGACAUUGCUGAACGAUCUAGUCUCGUAACUCAAUCCUCGAUCCAGUAUCGUCUUUACUUACUCUUCUUUCUGUCUAGUCUCUCGUAUAGUACCAUGUUGUACUGUGCAUGUGUGUGUUCAUUGUGUUCUUGAAUAAGUCUUUGGUUUUGUGUGUUUCCAGUUUUAAUGUAACGUUGAGUAAACUAUAAUGGCUUCUUUUUAAAAAAAUAAAGGAUUCAAAUCUGUUCUGAUAACCAGUA